GGCAUUACCACGGAGCAUGGCUUGCUAUUGAUUAUUAGUACACAGUAUAUAGUUCGCCUGGCUCCCUCCAAGGCGCCCGUCCGCUCGUGGGAGGUUGUUUAAUUUCCCCCUUUUGGCGCGUGCGGGUCACGGCCACGGACUUCUGCUAAAUUGCGAACUAAUAUAUAACGCCCCAAACAGUCCAGAUGGUCGCAAUGACUGGAAAUCCUUCCUCCUCGGCUGUGCUGACCUACAGUUCCAGCAUGUACCGAUCGCGACAGGACAGCAUCUCCAAGGACAUGGCCCAGGUGGCAGCUUUUCCGGUGCACGACGGCAGCGACGAGAAGAUUCCCGUCACCCCCUUUGCGCUUCCGACCGGCCAUGAAACAUCCACCGAUUCAGAUCCGUCGCUUGCACGACGUCCUACGCGCCAACCGUCGAAAUCGUCCUUCCUCGGCACCGUGCUUCGCAGGCGAAAAACAGUCGGCGAGCAGGAUGAACCGCCGGCGCCCCAACAACCUCUGCAAAUAGUUCCGGACUUUGAAUUGAACCAUGAGGACCCCCGGUACCUGAAACCGAGAGCAGUUUCGAUGGCGAUUAGCCCGGCCGGCAAGACCAAGGCGACACAAAGCAUUUUACUGCCCUUCAGCCCCGACAGGAGACCGUUUACAUUUGGCCAGGAUCAUGCGGCAGAGAGCAUGCGCGCCUCGUACAAGCGAGAGAUUCAGACCAAAGAUGCCCGGAUCAAGCUCCUCGAGAGCCAUCUGGUGAAUUUGGCCACGGGGAUUUCGGAGAUGGACAAGGAUCGCAAACGGCUGCAGUCGCAGGCGCGCAGCAGCAGCACCACCAAACCGAAAUCAGAGCGCUCGUCGACGACGCUCAGAAAGACGUGGGUGCCCAAGUCAACGCCCCAGGUGCGCGAGGACCUGUCAAUGCUGGAACAGCGCAUGCGAUCGUGGGCCAUUAAGAAUAGCGUCACCGACAUCAGCGACUUAGAUCACCUGGACGGCGAAGAGAAGAACAUCAUCCUCGAGGAACUGGACGGCUUCUGCGCCGAAACUGACUGGAACACGUUGAUCCGCGCGACGCCGAUCGUGCUGCAUCGCAUGCCAGCUCUACUCGCCCAGGCAAUGUUGUCAAAAGAUGUGUUCGCGACGGCAUUUAUGAACCCGUUCUUCGCUUUCACCGAGGACUCUCCCGACGGGUUACCGACGUCGCGUAUGCUUAAAGCAAUGUAUUCGACCAUGCUGGAUCUCAAUCCCACAGAGGCCCACGUGUGGCGCUCGCAGACACUGCGAGUCCUGUCAGCUCCUCCAUCCGCCCAGAACGAGGAGAGUAUGCUGGCUCAGCGAGUACGCGAAGUGACGAGCGAGCUGGCGGUGGAAUUUCUUAACGGGCCGGUACAAGCACUCCUGCGGACUCCAAGGACCGAGGCCGAGCUGGUCAAACGAAACCAGGAGCUGUAUAGUCUGUAUCAUAGUGCGGGAGCGCUGGCGCUCUCGCUCUGGACGCAGCGGGCGUUUAUGAAAUUCCACAACCUCCACGGUCUCCAACACUUCCGAACGGGCAACCCGGCCAUGACGGCGCAUCCGCUGCAGCAUCUUAGCGAGGACGACGAGAGACUGGAUGGAAAAAGGGUGUUGCUGGUGGUGCAGCCUGCGGUGGUGGCGUACGGGGACGAGGAGGCGCAGAAUUACGAUAUGUGCAAGGUGUGGGCGAAGGGAGUGGUGCUGGUGGAUGAAAAUGAAGGAAAGAAUCGGCAGAACUGGUUUUCAUCGCCAGAUACAGCAUCAGAUGGGACAGCGUCCUCAUAGUUUCCAUAAGAAGUGAAUUCAAAUAUUCAAAUAUGUGCGACUUUGACGAGCCAGUGAUAAGACUGCUUGUCUUGAGAUGUUGCGACCUGACCUUCUCCUUUCCUGUGCUCUCCUCUCUUCCCGGUUUUCUCUCCCUGUUGGUCGUACAGGAGAUCUACUUGCAGCUCUUGAGCUUGUGGAAGUUUAGUACGCGACCAUGGCUCCCGUGCGCCAGGAGAUGGCCGCCUACAAAGACGAGAUCGACCUGUUGCUCAUGAGUAAGCGUCGGUAUCAUUCUGGUCCUGGACCCUGCGAUUCCUUUACUUGCAUGUCGCCUCAGAGGUACCCGUGGGUUAAUCCUGCUUGAUUUGCAUAUCUAUGUCAGAGUUGGUUUCGAAUUAGGUCCUUCGGGGG